AUGCCAUUUAUUAAAAUUUCUGAUUAUCCUUGUCAUCAGAAAAUUAAAAAUUAUGGUAAUCAUUUUUUUUUUCUAGUACUUGCCAGAAUUGGCUUGUCAAAACAAUUUGACGAACUAAAAAUUGCAAAAUUAAAAAUUUUUGCAAGAAAUCAAAGUUCCACACAUUUCCAGUUUAUUCUUUAUCCAGGCAAAGAACAUUCCUUUAAGUUCUCAAGGCUGGAUCGGGAGGAGGUCUUCAUUUCCACUAUUUGCAUCUCUUACGGAGAAGGAACAGCAAAUUUUCAUGGUCCAAAGACCUUUUAG